CUUGCAGGUUGACCGGAUGCUUGAAGGAGACGGAAAUGAUCAAGCCAUACAUACAUAAUGGGGGCAGAUUCGCGGAAAUCGGCUCUGUGACAUCUCCAGCGAUAGAGCAGCAGCGAUGUCGGCGUCGGACUCAAAGCCGGGAAGAGGCUCCCUUUUAGGGCUUUUCAAGGAGGUGUUCAAUUGGUAUCCGUCGGCUUAUCCCUCGGAGGAGAGAAGGCUACUGGAUGUGUCGAUUUUGGUCUUCGCCUGUCUUUGCUUCUUUGUCAAGUAUCUAGACCAAACAAACAUCAGCAAUGCCUAUGUCAGCGGCCUCAAAGAAGACUUCAAUCUCAAUGGGAACGAGCUCAACUAUUUCAAUGUCUGCUACUACACCGCAUACGUGGUGUUCCAGGUCCCUGGUCUCCUUCUGAUGUCGCGUCCAACACUGGCUCGCUGGCUGCUUCCCGGACUUGAGGUCCUAUGGGGAAUUUGUACAUUCGCACAGAGCCGGGUGACCAACGUCGGUCAGCUUUAUGCCCUUCGGUUCCUUGUGGGCAUGCUAGAGGCACCAGUGUUUGCAGGAACCCAUUUCAUCCUGGGAUCCUGGUACUCCGGCCCCGAACUCUUCAAGCGAGCCGGGACCUGGUUCGUUUGCAAUCCACUCGGCACCAUGGUCAGCGGGUACUUGCAGGCGGCCGCCUAUACCAACCUGUCCGGAGUGGCGGGCAUGCCUGGAUGGCGUUGGCUGUUCAUCAUCGACGGCAUCUUCACCAUCCCCGUGGCCCUCCUCGGCUUCGUCAUCUUCCCCGGCAUCCCGGACUCGCCGAGACCAUUCUAUCUAACUGAAAGCGACGUCUCACUGGCCAAAGAACGAGCCCGACGGGCGAACAUCCGUAGGCCUGGCAAGCUGGGACUUGACGUGUUCAAGCGGACGCUGAGUCGCUGGCAUAUCUGGGUGUUUAUCUUUUGCUAUGCGUGCAUGAUCAUCUCUUACUACCCCAGCAGCUACAUGAACCUCUGGCUCAAGGCAGAGGGAUACUCCGUUUCCCAGAUCAACGAACUGCCCACCGUCGUGUAUGCCAUCAACAUCGUCGCCUCCUGGCUCGGGUCGACCCUCGCCGCGAUCUAUCCCGCCUGGAUCAUCUACACCAUCAUCUCGAUCUGCUCUCUGUUCUCGACCUUGUGCAUGAUCAUCUGGAACAUUCCCACGGGGCUGAAAUUCUUCGCAUGGUAUCUCUUCGGCGUGGCCGGAUGCGCCAGUCCCAUUCUCUACUCGACCGUCAACACCAUCGUGAGCAAUGACUCUGAAGAACGAGCUCUGAUUUUGGGCGCCAUGAUGACCUUCGGCUACUCGUUCAACAUCUGGGUCCCUCUGCUCCUCUUCCCGACUGCCGGACCGUACGGAGCACCGCGCUGGCCCAAGGGAUGGCCCGUCACGUUUGCGUUCUACUUUCUUCUCUGGGCGGGGUUUAUUGCAGCGAUUGUGAUACACAGACGUGAAACGAGGAAGAGAUCAGCUUCGUCGUCCAGCGAGGGGAGUCAGGAGGACGCAGAGACCAUCAUCGUCGGUGG